AUUUGCUCGUGCAUUCUCUGCUCACUUGGCAAGAUUGAUGGAGGAGCCUGCUGCAUAUGGUAAAUUAGGGCUAGCCAAUCUUUUGGAGUUGAGGGAAGAAUGCUUGAGAGAGUUCAAUUUUUUUGAUGCAUAUCGUACUAUAAAACAGAGGGAAAACGAGGCAUCACUUGCUGUUUUGCCUGACCUUCUCUUGGAGCUUGAUAGUAUGAAUGAGGAAACAAGACUGCUUACGUUAAUUGAAGGCGUUCUUGCUGCAAACAUAUUUGAUUGGGGAUCAAGUGCUUGUGUUGAUCUUUAUCACAAAGGCACGAUUAUUGAAAUCUAUAGAAUGAGUCGCAAAAAGAUGCAAAGACCUUGGCGUGUGGAUGAUUUUGAUGCCUUUAGGGAAAGAAUGGGUUUUGGAGCCCAUAAACGAGCAUUGCUCUUUGUUGACAACUCUGGUGCUGAUGUCAUACUAGGAAUGCUUCCCCUUGCUCGAGAAUUGCUACGCCGUGGAACUGAAGUUGUGUUGGUUGCAAACUCCCUUCCAGCACUAAAUGAUGUCACUGCAGUGGAACUUCCGAAAAUUGUAGCCGAGGCUGCCAAGCAUUGUGACAUUCUUCGAGGAGCGGCUGAAGCUGGUGGUUUACUUGUUGAUGCAAUGAAUAAUAUUCUAGAAGUUUCUAGACAAAAGCUUCCUUCAACUCCUUUAAUGGUUGUUGGAAAUGGAUGUGGGAGUCCAUGCAUUGACUUAAGACAGGUCAGCUCUGACCUGGCUGCUGUUGCUAAAGAUGCUGACUUGGUCAUUUUGGAAGGCAUGGGACGAGCUUUGCAUACCAAUUAUAAUGCUCGAUUCAAAUGUGAUACUCUAAAGCUUGCAAUGGUGAAGAAUCAACGGUUGGCAGAGAAGUUGAUCAAAGGGAACAUAUAUGAUUGUGUCUGCAGAUAUGAGCCACUAAGAUAAAAACAUUUAUUUUUCUUGUAACUGACACGUCUUGAUCUUAUUUGAUUAUAAACUUAAAUAAAUUGUCUUCAAAUGUUUUUCAAAGUAUGUUCUCUAAAAUAGGAAUUACCCAGUGUUGAUAUUUUAACAACAUUGGUAAUCUUUAGCUUUUAUUUUAAAGAUUAUUAUCAUUGG